UUCUGGUUCCUCCAAAAUUACAGACCAUUGAUGAAGUGAAGUUAACUUAUCAAAAGAAAACUUUGUUCACACGGAUAAUGUGAACAUGUGCUAUCCAGUGACUGCAUACAUGCAGAUAACCGACAAGAGGUUUUUUCACGUUGAUUCACAGUUGUAUUUGAAAGACGUUUCAUUGGUCUUUGCCAUGGCUACACCUCCAAAGAGAAUGUGCUCCAGUCCAACGUAUAACAAUAGUUUCGAGAAAAGAAACAAAAAAAUAUCGAUCGAAGGAAACAUCGCGGCUGGGAAGUCCACUUUUGUGCGCUUGCUGGAGAGGGCUUCAGAUGAAUGGGAGGUCAUUCCAGAGCCCAUUGCUAAAUGGUGCAAUGUGCAGACAACAGAGAACGAGUGUGAGGAGCUCAGCACGUCUCAGAAAAGUGGUGGCAAUCUGCUUCAGAUGCUCUACGAUAAACCCAGCCGAUGGUCCUACACCUUUCAGACCUACGCUUGUCUCAGCCGAGUGCGCUCCCAGCUGCAGCCCCCUUCAGCCAAGCUGCGACAAGCUGAUAACCCUGUUCAGUUCUACGAGCGCUCUGUCUACAGUGAUCGGUAUGUGUUCGCUUCUAACCUAUUUGAGUCUGGGGACUUGAACGAGACAGAAUAUGCCAUUUAUCAAGACUGGCACAGUUGGCUGCUUUCGCAGUUUGAGUCUGAUAUUGAGUUAGAUGGCAUGAUUUAUCUGCGGGCAAACCCAGAGAGGUGUAUGGAGCGUUUACACACACGAGGGCGUGAAGAGGAACAGGGCAUUCCACUUGAGUAUCUGGAGAAGCUACAUUACAAGCAUGAAUGCUGGCUCUCCCACCGAACUACACAAAUGGAUUUUGAAUACCUCAAGGACAUCCCAAUUUUGGUUCUGGACGUAAAUGAAGACUUCAAAAAUGACAGAAUUAAACAGGAGGCGGUCGUAGAUAAGGUCAAGGAGUUUUUGAACACGAUGUGAAAUCUGAACAGCUCUGCAGACAUAAUCCUUUACUGACUGGGGCUUGAUGGCCACCAGCUCUCCACCUUCACCAUCACAGUGUUUACAACAAAUAUCCAAAAGCUGGUUAACAUAUUAUGUCCACUCCCUGCAAAUGGUCAGCGAAUGAACCUCAGCAUUAACUGUUACAAGUAUCUUGGUCAUGUGGGACAAAAAAAGACAUCCAGAGUUUUAAAUGACUUGUAGUUAGGCACUAACCAAUAGAAAGACAUUUUUAACAGUUUGGUGUGCACUAUUUAUAUUACAAAUAUUUUUUCAGCAGGGAUUGUGUCGUUGUGUCGAGCUGGUCAAUUAGGGUGUCACCAGAGGGGGGCCGUGAACUGCAUCGCUAGUAUAUGAUCAAGCUUUUGAUGCAUUAAGAUUUUUUACCUUCCAGAUGUCGAACCAGGGGGUCACUUGUUGACUUUUAUCUUUACAUUUCAUGGGAAAUUAACUGUUGCACAUGAUGGAUUACAGCAAAUCCAAAAGUCAGUUCAGUCUACUCUAAUUUUCUCUCUUACUUCCACUGCAUGAAAUGUGAGGCAGAGUACUGUGUAUAUUUUUGUGUUUUUGAGAUUUGAAUCUGUAUAUAUAAUUUUUAUCCACUCAAUAAAAAAAGUGUCUAGCUCUAUCA